GUGAACGCGCCUUGCUUUCUGCGCCUCCGCAGUUUCUUGCUCAGUUGAUCAUCUUGCUCAUCAGCCUCGUCAGCUCCAUCUUCUGUGGACAUCUGGGCAAGGUCAAGCUGGACGCUGUCACGCUCGCCGUCACGGUGGCGAAGGUUACUGGGAUUGCAGUUGGCAUCGGCCUAGCCUCAGCUCGUGACACCUUCAUGUCUCAGUCCUUUGGAGGCAGAAACCUCAAGCGCAUGGGGAUCAUAUGCAGACAGGAAUCCUCAUCCUCAUGCUGUGCUGCUUUCCCUGCUGGGCCGACUUCAUCAAUACCGAGCGCAUCCUCCUGCUCUUAAAACAAGACCCCGAAGUCUCCAGGCAGCAUUCUUGUUCCAGCUGCAGACAAGAUAUUUACAAAGUCAGGUACGAAAAGAGGUUUUACUGAAAGAAAAUGUUUGAAUAGACAGCAUAAACAAAACAAAUGAGUGACUGGCACCUGCAACAACAGGGGCAUCAUCAUGCCUCAAGUUAUUACCGGGAUUGCAGCGAAUGUCAUCAACGUGGGCAUGAAUGCCCUCUUGCUGUAUGCCCUGGACCCCAGAGUGGUAGCAAAAGCUUGUGGAAGGUGGCCUGUUUAUUUUCAUCUGGAAGGAAUAUACCUGCGGAUAAUGAUGACUUUUCUUCGCAGAGGAUCUGCCUGGGCCAACACCACUUCCAGUUCUCCCUGUCUGCUCUGCUUUUCCUGUAUAUGUGGUGGAAAAAAGUCUACGUCGACACCUGGGGAGGUUGGACAAGGGAGUGCUUCCAGGAGUGGGGCUCCUACAUCUGCCUGGUUAUUCCCAGUAUGUUCAUGGUGUGCAUUGAGCGGUGGACCUUUGAGAUCGGAAACUUCCUUGCAGGACUGAUUGACAUGACGGAGCUCGGUGCCCAGGGCAUCAUCUAUGAGCUGGCAUUGGUGGCCUACAUGGCGUGAGCCACUGUGCCCGGCCAACUGUCUCUUACUUUUAAUCAGUGAAAUUGACUUAUCCGUGAAGAGGUGGAUAUAAGAGAAGACCCUAUGAAGUUUUAAUUUAUUAAUGCAAAUAAAAAUUCAAAAAAAGCCUACAGACCCUAGCCUACUAUCCCUGCAUUAAAAAUUUUGGUUGGGGUGACCUCGGAGCAUAAUCCAACCUCCGAACAACCUAAACUAAGACUGCGCUAGUCUAAGCGAGUUAAUACACAUUGACCCAAUAAUUUGAUCAACCAAAUAAGUUACCCUAGGGAUAACAGCACAAUCCUAAUCUAGAGUUCAUAUUGACAAUAGGAUUUACGACCUUGAUGUUGGAUCAGGACAUGCUAAUAAUGGUGUAGCCGCUAUUAAGGGUUCGUUUGUUUUAUGAUUAAAAUCCUACAUGAUCUGA